AUGGCGGCAAAACCACAGGCAGAGGUCAUCCAAGAGUGGGCCGACUUUGACUCGGCGGGCUACAGCUUCGAGCGCGGACGCAUGGAGAAGACGGUUCAAGCGCUGUGCUUUGGCGACAAUGCGGCAAUCGUACCGGCACACAUCGCGGCAGGACCGUCGCAGGGACAGAAGCUCAAGAAGGAGGACGUUGACUUUAUCACAACGGAGCUGCUUGUGUCAAGAUCGGUAGCCGAAUCGACUCUGGCAAAGUACAACGGCAACAUGGAAAAGGCGCUUACAGAGCUCGUUUCUGGGCCAUAG